ACUCCCCCUUUCCCCGCCCCAACAAACAGCCACCUUCUCUCUCUCGCCAUGUCGCCGCCCUCCUCCUUCGCCUCUUCCCAAUUCCUCGGCCUCCUCGUCACCCCGCCUCCCCGUUCCUCCGCCGCCUCGCUCUCGCCUCCUUCCCCCUCCACCCUCCGCUCCUCUGGCGUCUCCGCUGCCUAUGCUGGCGCGGCCGAGCGGGCGCGCGCCGCUUCCCUCUCACCCUCCUCCUCCUCCCUUUACGAUACCCUCGGCGUCUCCCCUGGCGCUAGCGGCCAGGAGAUCAAGACCUCGUACCGCCGCUUGGCGCUCGAGUGCCAUCCGGACGUGGUCGCCACCGGCCGCAGGGGUGCCUCCGCGGACGAGUUCAUGCGGGUCCAUGCCGCCUACGCCACCCUUUCCGACCCGGUCAAGCGCGCCUACUACGACCGCGAACUGACGGCCGCGGCCGCGAUCCUCGUCCACCACCGCCGUUCGGAACCGGCACCGUCGCCGUCGCCGUCGCCCCUGGCGUACGCGCGCUGCACGUCGUACCCCGGAUACGGUCGCCGAACAUGGGAGACCGACCAGUGCUGGUAGAAGUCGAGACGGGCCGGUCGGUUUGAUCCCAAAUAAGGAGACCGUCCGAUAAAAUUUGGACGGCCCUGAUCUGAGCCUUAUGCUAAUACUCCACUCCGGGGCAAUGUGAACGAAGCUUUUAUUAUGAUCCAAAGCUUCCACGGCCACACCUACUGAUCUUGCUUGUCUCUGAUAUGCUGCUGCUUGUAAGGUAUUGCAUGCAUCAUAACCUGCUCCAAUCUAGAAUAGGCUUUCCACCAAGCGCUGAAUUUACCCAACAUACAGGAAGGAGGAAGAUAAUGGAAGAGAAGGCCUAUUCUAGAACAAGUUGUGGAUGACGAUGAGGUGGAACAAAUUGUGGAGGACGAUGAGGAGGAGAAUGGAGGGAGGAGGAGCAAUAUCCUCACUUUGGGAGAGAGAAGGAUGAUAAAUAAGCACUGUCAACAGUACUGCCCAGUCCUUGGACCUCAGAGACUGAAAAAAAAAAAAGAAAAGGGAGCUAACAAGAUGAGGCAGGACCUCAGAGCAUUGAUUUGGAGACUUGGCAUAUCAUUAUCAACACAUGUUGGACUUGAGCACAAACCAACAUAACCAUAGUUGUUGGGAGGGUGAAGUGGGGACUACUUUUGCUUCAGGUCUCUGUUGAGUGGAGUGACUUUGGGUUGCAAUGUUGAUAAGAAUUGGCAGUGACCUCGGUCUCUUUUAUUUUAGAUGUGGAUGUGUAGUGGGUAAUCCAUCAACCUCUCCUAAUUGGGGGCAUUGAAAGUUUCUAAGCUUCUAGAUGAUGGCCCGAAAUAAUUGUAGGUUAUAUCUGAUGGCCAAACUUGGUAGUGCACAUGGACCAGGUGCAAGAGAAGAAACAACAAUGAUAGAGGCAACCGAGAAGGAGAUGUGAAAGUUCUGUGCCAAGUUGCCUUAUGUCAGAUGUGGGACAUGGUGGGGACAGCAUGUAGGACACAAAUCUCCUGCAAUUUUAUUUGUGGAGAAGAAGACAAUGGUGAAUGACAAUUAGAAAAAUACGAGCCGA